ACAUCUAUAGCACAACAAAGAGCUGGUCAAACUAUUUCUUUAUUCAUCAGGCUCAUUUUGGUGCAAUCAUGUCAGUCUCUGGAGCAAGUUCUCUCGGCUGGGCUGCUUCUUCCUCUCAAAAGGCUAGCUACUCACUUGCUCAUGGAGGAUCUUCUGCAGCAGGACUUUCUGCUGGUUUAUCCCGUUUGAGCCUAGGAGGAGGAGGGGGGUUUGGAUUUUCUAGUGGAGGUUUUGGUGCAGGAAUUGGAGGGGGAGCAGGCCUAGGUUUAGGUGCUGGUGGUGCAGGAUUUGGCAGCCUUGGGCUAGGUGUUGGAGGUGGUUAUGGUUUAGGAGGGGGAUUAGGAGGGGGAUUAGGAGGAGGCUUAGGAGGAGGUUUAGGAGGAAGCGCAGCAUUUUCUUUGGGACGCUCUUUGACUGCUGGUGGUCUUAGCUCUACUCUAAAUUUGGGAGCUCCAAGAGUAGCUCCUCAGUUGGUUUCUAGAGCCACAGAGAAACAGACUUUAGCAGGGUUGAAUGAGCGUUUUUACGCUUAUGUGGAGAAAGUAAAGCAGCUUCAACUGGAAAAUCAGACGCUUCAGACUCAGUUGAACCUACUCACAGGGGGCACUUCAGUUUCCUCUUUAGAUCCUUCUGGCCCAGUCAACAUAGAGCUUCAGAUUACAGAUCUGAGAAAUACAGUUGAAACUUUAACCUUGGAAAAUGUUCGAUAUGAGAUUGAACUAGACAACAUUAGAGGUGCUGCAGAAGAACUUAAGACCAAAUAUGAAUUGGAAUUGGGAGUGAAAUACCAGCUGGAAACUGAUAUUGCAGCAAUGAAAAGGGAUAUUGAAGCUGCUUCUGAUUUGCGCUCCACUCUAGAACAAAGGUUUACAGCUGCACUUGAUGACCUAGAAUUUGUAAAGAAGACACAUGAAGAGGAACUAUCUGCUCUUCAAAGUAAGCUGGGAACUACAGUUGAUACUUCAGUGUCUCUCAUCGAAGUGGAUGCAGUUAAAUCAUUUGACCUCACCACAGCACUGAAUAAACUAAGAGGUGAAUAUGAAAAAUCUGUGCAGCAACACAAAGAAGAUGCAGAGGCCUAUUUCAGAACUAAGAUUGAAGAAAUAAACAGUGAAACAGCAAAGAACUCAGAAGUUGUUGUCACAGUAAAAACAGAAAUCAGCAACACAAAGAAAGAGCUACAGUCAUUAAAUACAGAAUUACAGUCCCUUAUUUCAGUGAAUUACGCACUUGAAAGUAACCUGGCUGAGGUUGUAGCUCGGUCCAGUGUGUCAGUGGCUGAGUAUCAGGCACAGAUUACCAGCUAUGAAGCAGCCAUUGAGUCUGCAAAGGUUGAGCUCCACAAGAUAAUUGUGAACUAUCAGGAGUUGCUGGACAUAAAGCAAGCUUUGGAUGUGGAAAUUUCUACCUACAAAAAACUCUUGGAGGGAGAAGACAUCAAAUUUAAUGAUGUGGAGGUCCUGACAGGUGGCACAUUCACUUACUCUUCUGACUCUGGCUUUCAGAAGAAGGACUCCACUACAGAGCUGAUUUGAAUGAUCAAGCCUGGAAGCAUCUUCCCACAAUUCCUUUGAAAUUGGAUCAGUGCAAUAGAAAAAGAAAGCAGUUCCAGUGCCCAAAAAAUCCUUCUGUGUUGCAUGUUUAAUGAAAAUGUAACUUUAGUUUAGUUACUGUUGCGUUUUUCAGCUUUGUGAUUUGCUCUCUCUUUAUUAAUAAAAUCAUCCACAGCAUUUACUAAAAAA